AUGGCACCCAAGAAGGGCGCCAGCGCCACACCAGGCCCUCGAACAGUAAGAAAUACCCGUCCGGCACUGAACAAUGGCAUCAAUUCCUCCUACGGCAGUCGAGGUGUCGCGGAACUUGGAGCGCAAAUGACGACUGGACGCGCAUCGGAGACUUACACUCACUUCCAGCGCACCACGCGUUCGCAGUCCACCCGCCCAGAGCCGACUCCCGUGGUGGAGUCCUUCUCAUCAUCAUCCUCCGCCACCUCACAAUCUCCGCGCCCGGCCACGGCCAUCACCCUGGAAGCAGGAUACGACACGUCCCGCCUACAGCGGGCACCUGCCGCAUCGCCGCGCGCCGCGUCCGCCGCGCCAGCGGCCCGCCCGGCGGAGAGUGUUCCGGUGGCGGUGGAGCCGCCUGGGCGAUGGGCCGUCCUAUUCUACACUCUCCCGCGGUACAUCGCCCGCCUGCUGUCCGACGCAGACUGGACUCUCCUGCAGAAUCUGGCCGGUGUCGUCUUUUCUUUCUUUCUCCUGGCAUGUGUUGGCUUCACUCUUCUCGUCCUCUUCGGCGUUGCGCCCAUUCCCCGCUCCCUCACUCUCCGCUGGAAUCAUCUCCUCCGAGGCGUGCAGCUCGCUACUGGCCCUAUAGAGAUUCYGAACCCCGCGUAUAACGCUACAGAGCAUAAUAGACUGAUGUUUUGGAGAACCGAUGACAUGCUGAAGGCCACUGAUGCCCUCAAGACUCAAGUCGGCUUCCAUGACGAGUCAAUUGCCGAGCUGAGAGGCAUUCUUCCCGAUUAUUUGGCGGUUAAAAUGGACGAAAACGGCCAGUACCUCGUUCCUGAGCCAUUCUGGAAGGCCCUACUCGACAAAAUCGGCAAUGACGGCGCGGCGCCGCUCUGGGACAGCUUCAUUGCAGCAAAUGAAGACAAGCUCCUUGCCAAGCUUUACGAACUUUCACACCACGACAUCCCCGAAGAUGUCAACACCUCCAAAGAUGCCGACCACAUCAUCAGUCGAUUCAACUUUGAAUCCACCCUUGCGGCCAACAACAAGAUGCACGAGGACGAGAUGCGCCUGCAAUUCAACAACUUCAAAGAGCUCGUCAUGUACGAAGCCAAGAAGAUGGUCGAUGAAGGCGUUACUGCCACCUUCCAGACCGCGCAGAACAUGCUGUCUGAAUCAGUUCCCUUCAAGAUCUCCACCCAGCAGAUCUCCGCACUCAGUCUGACCAACCUCGUGUACAACCGCUACAAACUCAUGAACGAGGUCAACUACUUUUCCCCCGGUAUGGGGGCUUUGGUUGACCCACACUACACAUCAAACACCGCCGGACCCAACAACAAGUCCUGGUUGGGAUACUUCUACAUGAAAAUGUUCGAAGCCAGCAUGACGCCCAAUCCGCCCGUCAACGCCCUCACCGGAUGGGAUGAAGGCAUGCAGUGCUGGUGCGCAGCACACGGAACAGGCGACUAUGCCUAUGCCCAACUCACCGUCAAGCUACCCCAGAAAAUCAUGCCCGCGCAAAUCACCAUCGAGCACAUUCCCCCCAAAGGCACCCGCGACAUCGCCGCCGCACCGCGCGAGUACGUGGUCUGGGCACAGAUCAGCGACAAGGCCGAUGCUGCGAGUGUACGGAAGCUUAUGCUACAGGAUGAAAACUACGCCGAGCACGUCCUUCCCUACUGCGGCAAGCCGCCUCGCGGGGAGAAGAAUUGGAUCUGCAUCCUUUCGCGCGGCGACUAUUUCAUUCAUGGGGACAAUAACGUGCAGUCGAGACUUUUGGCGGGCGAAGGCAAGGUUAGCACGGAUCGAAUUGCAGUGCGGGUUCUGAGGAAUUGGGGAGCUACGGAUCAUACUUGUUUGUAUCGGGUGCGAGUCACGGGCAUUCACUCUUUCACGGGCAAGGUUGUGGAGGAUUGGUCUUAG